ACAUCUCUGCAUGAAUCUGGGUCAGUGGACCGGGGCUAGAUAGCGUGUUUGCAGGUUGGUUGUUUCGAAACUUGGAUGGUAUGGCGACUUAAUACGCGUUUAGCUCAUUGUAGAUCUUUUGUUUUUAUCUGCUCUGCACUUCGAGUGUCUUUGCCAUCUCUACAGCCUAAUCUCCAAUCUUAAACCUUCCUAAGCUAAUGCUAGCCUCGACAUAAUCGUCCAUUUGUGAUCUUUUGCAACCUAUCUAUUUUUGGAGACCAGGACCACGUCUACCUUGUCCUAUCUUUGUGAGCUUUGAGGGCUUUUUUUGUUUGAGAGCAACCAUGUCAGGAGCUAACAGGGGGCAGGGAAGCGCGGCUACUGAGCAUCACAACCAAGAAAACAUGCUGUCAAGACUGAGAGGGUCGUUAAAGUCAAGAGCUCCUGCAAACGAGAACCAAGAAAAUCUUCCACCCAAACAAGCUGCAGCCAACAGAACCGUGCUGGGAGCCCUGCAGAACAACCAGAGGAGCAAAACCCUGAACCAGCGCGGCGGAUCCAAACAGGAUUCAUCGCAGCCCCUAUCCUGUAAAAAUGAAGAUUUCAGCAAAAGCUGCUUUGAAAAACCCUCUGCCAAGCAGCCCGCUUUCCAGAUCCACCUGGAUGAGCCUGAUGGCGCCUGUGCCAAGAAGCCACAGCCUGUGGUUGAAGCUGUCAAAGCAGAGUCCAUCACCGAAGAGUCGCCCUUCGCCAUUAACAAUGCAGUGGCACGGCUCCGACAGCCCCUGGCCACUAUUGAUAUUCCAUCAGCGAUGGAUGUCAGCUUCGACUCCCCCAUGGACAUGUCUGUGGUGGAAGGAGAGGAGAAACCAGUCAAUGUAAAUGAGGUUCCUGAAUAUGCUGCUGAAAUCCACACCUACCUGCGGGAGAUGGAGGUAAAAACCAGACCUAAGGCUGGCUACAUGAAGAAACAACCUGACAUCACUAACAGCAUGAGGGCCAUCUUGGUGGACUGGCUGGUUGAGGUUGGAGAAGAGUACAAACUCCAGAACGAGACACUUUACCUGGCAGUAAACUACAUCGAUCGAUUCCUGUCCUCCAUGUCUGUGUUGAGGGGGAAGCUUCAGCUAGUUGGGACAGCUGCUAUGCUCUUGGCAUCGAAAUUUGAGGAGAUCUACCCUCCUGAGGUGGCAGAGUUUGUUUACAUCACAGAUGACACCUACACCAAGAAGCAAGUGUUAAGAAUGGAGCAUCUGGUGCUUAAAGUGCUCUCCUUUGAUCUGGCAGCACCAACGAUCAACCAAUUUCUCACCCACUACUUCCUCCACCAGUCGGUCAACAAACAGGUGGAGAGUCUGUCAAUGUUCCUCAGCGAGCUCAGUUUGAUUGACUCGGAUCCCUUCUUGAAGUACCUGCCAUCACAUACGGCUGCUGCAGCCUACACUCUUGCCAACAACACAGUGACUGGAGGCUCAUGGCCCAAGUCCUUAGCAGAGAUGACCGGCUACUCCCUGGAGGAUCUGAUGCCAUGCGUUGAGGAUCUACACAAAAUUUACCUCAAUGCUGCUCAGCACGCCCAGCAGUCUGUACGGGAGAAAUACAAGACUACAAAGUACUCCGAAGUUUCCCUCAUCGACCCUCCAACUAAAUUGCAGCUGAACUGACCUCUCCCCUCUCCCCCUGUCCAUGUAGAGUUGUUACCCUGUUGGUCUUAAUUUUUUUUUUUAUGAUGUGUGCCCCGAUUUAUGUCCUGGCCUGCUCUUGUUGGAGUAGCGCUAGCUGUUCAAAGUUUUUAAUAGUGUUUUUAUACAUUCUUACAGAUGCUACAGUUUUGGUUAAUCAGACAGUUUAAAUGGUUUGACUUUUAAACAGUAUAGAGGACCAAUCACCACUUUAAACAUCCAGCUUUUGAUGUACAGAGUCUCAGACGUUAAGCAGUAAGUGCUGAUGGUUCACCUUGAGGUGUAACAUUUACCCAUUGGCCUCAUCAGAUGGCAAUUAAAGUGUAUUUCAUCUGUCAUGGAGUCAGCUGUGUCACUUCACUGAUGUCUUUUCAAGACAUCCGUCUGCACUGUAAAAUAUAGCUCUUGUAAAUAAAAAUCAUUUAAAGUAAGA